AUGAGUUUGUCAGAAACCCAGGCACGUCAACCAGACAUUGUCAUCGAGGCAGACGACGUUGACUCUGCUCUUGGAGACGACCUGUCGACCUACACGCGCUCUCUCAGAUCGAGUCUGUUUCAAGGCAUACAGGAGAAUGGUAGGGCCUACCACAGGUACAAGGAUGGCUCCUACAUCCUCCCAGAGGACGACCUCGAGCAGGAACGCCUGGAUCUACAGCACGAGAUAUUUUUGACUACGUUUGGUCGAAAGCUUUUCCUUGCCCCUGUUCAGCGAGCAAUGCAGGAGGUCCUUGACCUAGGGACAGGGACUGGCAUUUGGGCAAUCGGAUUUGCCGACCAGCAUCCUGAAUCGAAUGUCCUGGGCAACGAUCUUAGCGCAAUCCAGCCGCGUGUUGUCCCUCCAAACUGCAAAUUCGAAGUUGACGAUUUUGAUACCCCCUGGACGUUCAAUAGAAAGUUCGAUUUCAUUCAUGGGAGAAUGCUUCUCACUUCCUGCUCUGAUUUUCCGAGGCUCUUCCGCCGCGCCUUUAAUGCCCUGCAGCCUGGUGGAUGGCUAGAGAUGCAGGACCUCUACAUGCCAUUCUUGUGUGACGAUGGCACACUCGAUGGAACUGCCUUCGGGGAGUGGAACGACAGAUAUAUAGAGGCUUGUGUAGAGCUUGGGCGAGAUCCCUCCUGGACUGCGAAGUACGAGGAGUGGAUGGUCGAGGCGGGAUUUACAGGGGUUCGGCAGGAAGUUUUCAGGUGGCCCGUCAACCCCUGGCCGAAGAACAAAAGCCUGAAGGAAAUUGGUGUCUGGAAUAUGAUCAACAUGCUCGAAGGACUGGACGGCUUCACAGUUCGACUCUGGACCACGGCGUUUGGUAUGACGGCCGAGGAAAUUCGAGUAUUCCUUGUGCAGGUGCGGAAGGAUUUGCGUGACACCAGAAUCCACUCGUACUGGCCCAUGUGA